AUGUUUGCAUUAAAGAAAUCCACUACUUCAAUUAUCAAAACAGUGGUCGCCCCAACAUCAUCUCGUUAUUUAUCUUCCAUCACAUUUAGAUCAAUCCCAAGAUCAUUCCAUAAUGCCACUAAAUCUUCUUUGUUUAAUGGAUUGAAAGCCACACCAAGAUUCUAUAGUGUGUUAACUGAAUCCCCAGAGGCAAAAGUGUACAAAUACGAUGAUGUUAAAGACGUAGCAGUACACCCUGAAAAACAUCCAGAUUCUAUUUUAGUAGAUGUUAGAGAACCAACUGAGUUUGGAGAUGGUCAUAUACCAGGAGCUUUGAAUAUCCCAUUCAAAAGUAGUCCUGGUGCAUUGGAUUUACCAGAAGAAGAAUUUCAAGAACAUUUUGGUUUCUCUAAACCAAGUACUGAUAAAGAAUUGAUUUUCUAUUGUCUUGGAGGUGUUAGAUCUACUGCAGCUGAAGAAUUAGCCAAUACUUUUGGUUAUAAAAAAAGAGGAAAUUACCUUGGAAGUUGGGAAGAUUGGGUACAACAUGAAAAUAAAAAGAACUAA